AUGUAUAAAAAUCUUUUUGAUAAAUUGAAAGAUGGGCCACUGAAAAUAUCAAUACUCGGUAGUGGGAAUUGGGCCAGUGCAAUUAGUAAGGUGGUUGGUACAAAUGCUAAAAAUAAUUAUUUAUUUGAAAAUGAAGUAAAAAUGUGGGUGAGAGAUGAGGUUGUAGAUGGAGAAAGCAUAGUAGACAUAAUAAAUCAAAAACACGAAAAUGUAAGAUAUUUAAAAGGAGUUACUUUACCACAUAAUGUUGUUGCGUAUUCUGAUAUAGCUCAAGUUAUUAACAAUGCUGAUUUGUUAAUAUUUAUUAUUCCAUGUCAAUAUUUGGAAAACGUAUUAAUUUCGAUACACCAAAAUAAAUCAAUUAAAAUAUCAAAGCAUGUAAAAGCCAUAUCUUUAACAAAGGGAUUCAUUGUUAAAGAUAAUAAAAUAAAUCUUUGCUCUGAAGUUAUUAGAGAUUUUUUAAAUAUUCCAUGUUGUGCUUUAUCAGGAGCUAAUAUAGCAAAAGACGUUGCUAUGGAAAGCUUUUCUGAAGCUACAAUAGGAGGGGAUGACAGGGAUGUUUUAUUAAUUUGGCAAAGAGUUUUUGAUUUACCAUACUUUAAAAUAAAUUGUGUUAAUGGAACUGUUGGAGUUGAAAUUUGUGGAUCUUUAAAAAAUAUUAUAACAUUAGCAGCUGGGUUCUGCGAUGGACUAAAUGUUUCUUCUAAUUCUAAAUCGGCAAUUAUAAGAUUUGGCAUUAAUGAAACAGUGCUAUUUGCAAAAACAUUUUUUAAUAAUUUCAACGAAAGUAUAUUUUUUGAGAGUUGUGGAUUUGCUGACAUUAUUACAUCCUUUUUAGGAGGAAGGAAUGCAAAAUGUUCCGCUGAAUUUAUAAAAUGUAAACAAAAAAAGUCAUGGGAAGAAUUAGAGAAUGAAAUAUUAAAAGGACAAAAAUUGCAGGGAACGGUUACUUUAAAAUAUGUUUACCAAAUGAUAAGAGAAAAAAACUUGACAGAAAAAUUUCCACUUUUUACAGUUCUUCAUAAAAUUUCAUUUGAAAAUGAAGAACCGUCAAAUUUAUUAAAAACUUUUAUGAAUAAUAGAAUCAUUCCAUUAAAACUCUAA